AUGGUCGCUGAUACCGCUUAUUAUGACGCCUUGGGCGUCCCGCCAACAGCUACCGAGCUUGAGAUCAAGAAGGCCUAUCGGAAACUCGCCAUCGUCACUCAUCCCGACAAGAACCCCGGCGAUGAGACCGCGCACGCUCGGUUCCAGGCGAUCGGUGAAGCCUACCAAGUUCUGAGCAACGAGGAUCUGCGCAAACGGUAUGAUAAGUUUGGAAAGGAAGAUGCAGUCCCCGGUGGCGGCUUUGAGGACCCCUCGGAGUUCUUCAGCAUGAUCUUCGGAGGCGAGGCAUUCGUUGACCUUAUUGGAGAAAUUUCCCUCAUGAAAGACCUGACUGCGACAAUGGACAUUACGAUGGAGCAAAUGGAGGAGGAGGAGCUGGCCGAGUCCGCCGAACAGAAGCUCAAUAUCCACGAUGAGGAGGUAAAGGCGGGAGCCGAAGGCGCGUCCGCGACAAAUGCCUCGGCAAGCGCUUCGACAGCUUCGACAGCCCCAGCAGCAACUGCAGAUACUCCCCAAGCUUCCUCGGAAGCCUCCGGUCCCGGCUCUGGAACCAGCACACCUCGGCGGUACAUGGGCCAGCAGGCUCUUAUGGACCGGUCGGAGGAAGAGGCGCGCAUGGAUGCAGCUGGUCUGUCCCAAGAGGAGAAGGAACUGCGCAAGAAGGAGAAGAAAAAGGGUCUGUCAAAGGAGCAGCAGGAGCGCCUGGCCGCGUUCGAGGAAGAGCGAAGAAAGGCUCGGGAGGACCGCGUUAACACCUUGGCCAACAAAUUGAUCGACCGUCUCAGCGUGUGGACUGAAACAGACAAGGGCAAAGAUGUCACCCAUGCGUUCGAGGAGAAGAUCCGCCUCGAGGUCGAGAACUUGAAGAUGGAGUCGUUCGGAUUGGAAAUUCUGCACGCGGUUGGAGCCACUUAUGUGCAAAAGGGUACCUCGUUCCUCAAGUCCCAGAAGUUCCUCGGUAUUUCCGGGUUCUUCUCGCGACUGAAGGAUAAGGGUACUUUGGCGAAGGAGACCUGGACUACCAUCUCGACCGCCAUCGACGCCCAAAUGACCAUGGAGGAGAUGGCCAAGCUCGAAGAGCGUGGUGGUGAAGACUGGACAGAUGAGAAGAAGGCCGAGUACGAGAAGAAGGUGACCGGCAAGAUUCUAGCUGCCGCAUGGCGUGGCAGCAAGUUCGAGAUCCAAAGUGUUUUGCGCGAGGUCUGCGACCAGAUUCUGGGUGAUAAGCGGAUCCGUCUUGAGAAGCGAGUGGAACGGGCCCAUGCACUGGUCUUGGCUGGUAACAUCUAUGCUAAGGCCGAGCGUGAUCCUGAAGAGGAGGGCGAUUACAUGGCGUUCGAACAGUUAAUGGCCGAAGCCAUGACCAAGAAGGGCAAGGACGAGAAGAAGAAAAAGGAAAAGAAGAAGCAUGGACGGGAGUCCCAGGACCAGGAGUCGGAGGAGAAACCGACGGCGGCAUGA